UAAGAAAGUGGGCGGGUGUUUUGGAGCGUUCGCAUCCACAACACCACCAAAUCCGCGAGUAAUGUCUGUAUUAUUAACACCAUACGGCCUGUGAUCAUUUAAUUUACCCAAAUCUGUCGCUUUAUCCUUCGGACGGCACUAUGUGUCCCGAGGAUGAGCGGCAGAGUCAGCCUACCGGCUGCGGCUCCUCAGCCAGGCUGGGCGUGACUCUGACUUGUGGAGACCUCGACAACUCUCAUGAAGCGUCCAAGACCAUCUGGACCAGCACCGGUCUGAACAAAACCCCGCAGGUUGAAAUCCACUGUCCGUGUAAUCCGUCACAUAGUGGGGACAGCGAUAAAGGGUUUGGGUCGUUCGUGAAGAGACUAAUGGACGCCGAAGCCGCGAUCGUCUCCGCAGCCGCACAGCUCGUGUCCUUCAAAGACAUCCUGAAGGAUACAAAAUCGAAUGCAGUCAACAGGCAGCGCGUGGCCAAGCAGAGGGGACUCUUGCUACAGAAGAUGGAGGACUUUCGCCAGCUCAACCAGGUCGUGCGGCAAAAACUGAACCAGCUUCUGGACGAGGAGGCUGAUCGGAUUGAUGCAAGCACCAAGAUUGACGCUUUGCUGAAUAAGAUUCUACAGAUUGAGCGUGAAAAUCAGCUUCUAAAAGGCGACCUUGGUGUGACAGAAAAAAGAGCCGAGGAGCUGAUGUAUCUUCAGAAAAAGGAGCAGGAGAACAUCAAGAGCGCUCUUAACAUAGCCAAGUCCGCAGAGAGCACUCGCGCCCGGAUUCAAGGGCAGCUACGCAACAAGGAGGCAGAAAACAAUCGCCUGACGGUGCAACUGCGAACUCUCGAGCGCUCCCUGGCUCAGCACAAGGCGGAGCUGGAGGACCUGAAAGCGUCCCUGGCGGCGUUGACGGAGCAGACGUCCCAGGAGAAGGAGGCCUUCAAGAAGGCCUCGCGGGUGCACAAGCAGAAAGCCGAGCGACUGGAGGCCGCCCUCGACAAAUGCUUCAGUCAGCUGAGGGAUAAGGAUGCCCAGCUGUCAAAUCUCCAAGAAAAGAAAGACUCAUGGAAGCGGGAGAGGGAGCAGCUGACCGAGGAGAACCACAAACUUACCGCCCAUGUGGAGCUGCUGCAAAAGCAAGUCAUCGGCAUCCCAAUGAAGCUGCAGAAGGACAUGGAGAGAGAAAAGGAGAGGGAGAGGAUGAAGGAAAAGGAGGACAGGGUGAGGGAGAGAGAACGGAUGGACUGGGAGGCGAGGAAGAAGGAUUGGGAGGAGAAGGUGAAGGAAAGGGAGAAGGAAUUGGAGGCGAGGGGGAAGGAAAGAAAGGUGCAGGAGGACAAGGAGCAGGUGAGGGGAAGGGAGGAGAGGGAGAAGGAGAGGAGGGAGUGGGAAGACAUGGAGAAGGAGCGAUUGAAGGGAAAGGCAGAGAGGGAGAAGGAGAGGAGGGAUUGGGAGAGGGAAUUUGAGGAGAGGGAGAAGAAGCGGGCGAGGGAGCGGGGGGCCAGGGAGAGGGAAGGCAGAGGACCGGAGAAAGCGAGGGAGGACAGCUCGGAAAGGGAGGAGAGGCAAGAGAGGAGCGCGGAGGAGGCGGACGAGACCUCGGCCGCGCUUGACAGCUUGACGCAGGAACUCGAAAGACUCCGAGCGGAAAAGGAGCACGACGGCGCCAGUCACGCCGCGCUCAAGUUGUCCUUCGCCCAGUUGGAGAAGAAGCUCGCCGAAUGCGAGGCGGCGCUGGUCCAAGAGAAGAGCGCGUCCAGCGCGAAGGACGGCAAAGUUGUGCAGUUUGAAAACCAGGUCGCAGCGCUUGAAGCCGAAUUGAGGAAAGUGAGGCUGCAAUGCCAAAAUGUAUCGCAGGAGCUCGUCAAAAUGCAAGACGGAGAAGAGUCGAAAGCUAAUGAGGUGAGGAAGGAGCUGCAGGGCCGUGUCGAUGAGCUGAAGCAUUUGCCCAAAACGCUGAGAGAGACCGAGCUGAAGCUGCUCGCGUGCCAGGAGAACCUGCGAACCUCCGAGUGGAAGUGCUCAGAACAGUCAGAGGCCAUUAAGAAGCUGCAGUAUGAGCUGCAGACUCAAGUGAAAUUGGUGAGAUCGGCCGUGGAGCUGAGAGAGGCCGCUGAAGAGUCCGGUUCAAAAUUCCAAGAGCAAGUGGACGCCCAGCAAAAGAUGCUGGAGAAGCUGCGGCAAGAGAAGCUGGAGCUGGAAAGGAAGCUGGAGGUCCAGGAGACGGCUUUGCGUCACAGCAGCCAGCAACUCGAACAACGGUCCACGCGCUGCGCGGCGCUCGAACGCCAGCUGGACCAAAGCACGUGCGAAUCCCAAACGCUCAACAAGCAGCUGGCUCAAUGCUCGGUCGAGUUAUUGGAUUUCAAACAACAGGUUAAAAACGUCAAGGAGCAAGUUUUGUCCAAAGAAGAAGCCCUUCAGACCACCGUGAACGAGCUGCGGCUUCUCCGUCAGGGCAAGUUGUCGGCGGAGAAGCAUCUCGAGGCGCGCGUGAAAGAGCUCCAGUUGAGCCUGGACAAGUGCGAGAGCCAUAAGAAGAGCAUCCAGAACUACGUGGACUUCCUCAAAAACUCCUACCUCAUGAUAUUCGAAGAUCAAAUAUCCACGUUUUGGUCUUCCACUUUUAUGAAAUGACUUUCUUGUCAUCGCAUCAGGAGGAAAGUGUCAAUAAUUCAUAUCUUCCUGGGAAAGAUAUGCAUCAAAGCUACGCUUUUGAAGGGCAGGAGUUAUAGUUGAUAAAGUGAUCGUUAAGGAUAAAUGCAUGAAUUGAGGCAAAAUGGUGUGAACCACAUCAGCCAGCAGGAGGCGCUAUUGGUUCAUUCUCAACUCACUGAAGAAAACAUCCAUGUUAAGUACGGAAUGUGGAGGAAUAUUAUUCACCUCAGUACAUCCCUGGAAUUAACAAAAAAUGGAGUUCAGACCGUUCAUAAAUUAAAAAAAAAACUUGACCGGGUGAUGGACUGAUAAUUAAUUUUCUCCAUCGGCACAAUUGAUGUUUACUGUAAGUUUAUUGGUGGGUUUUUUUUUUUGCCGUGUUACCACAAAAUCUAUUCGUUGGUGUGCAUUUGUACUGAACGCGUAUUGUGAAAUGGUUGUGAUUUUAGUUCUCGUGUUACUGGCGGAUGGAAAAACACACAAGUAACAACGCAGUUGGGAGGACUCGUGCGAAAAAGGGGUUGCGGUUUACCGCGAAAAGAUGGAAGUGAAAGUUUGCCUUUAAGAGAGGAAAACCUUUCGGUGCACUUAUAAAAUGCAGUUUAAUGGGGCACCGCGUACGCAUAAAUAAUGGCGCUCCAUACUCGUUUCAAUGUUAGGCCUACAUUCAACUGUAUAUUAAAACGUGUGUUUAUGUAUUUCCCACUUUUAUUUAAUAAAAGUGUUAGACCCUUAUCCGUCUGCCCUACCUAUUAUGUACAAUGUUGCGCAUUUGCUCAUUAGUUGUGUACUUGAUUACGUCUCCUUUGUACAUUUAUUUCCAUCUUUAUUCAUGUUUGAGUCUCUUGAAUCAUAGCAACAAAUUAAAAUUCCACGUUUCCGUCUGUGUAAAUAAAAGUUACAAGCACAACGCUCACUCCUUGUUGCUCUUGUUUUCAACAUUUCGGGUUUCGCUUUUGCUGGUGGAGUCGAGCAGCUGCCCACCACAAA